AUGGAGGUGGAGGAUGGAAGCUCUCUACCAUCUGAAGCGUCCAGCUGGACAUCUUAUUUUUGCGAUAGCUUCAAGCCCGCCUGCUUUGAAGCAACUUGGGAUAUUGAGUUGCAAAACCUGCCUUUGCAUGCCGCUGUCCUAAGCGGAGACACAGCAGCCGCCCAAGCACUUCUUGAUUCACGAGUAUUUCCCGUGGGAGAACAUAUUGACCUGGUCAACAAGCAUACCGAUGGAGCACCAAUCCACGCAGCAAUCAGGAAGGGAGACCUUGCUAUGCUGGAAAUUUUAUUGGACUAUGGCGCAUUCGUCCACAGACGCGCUCCGGAUGAAUAUGGAGAAUUGUCCAUUCCAGCUCUCACGAUUGCCGUCCGGCUAGGAAACGCAGAUAUCGUCCAAGCACUUUUAGACGCCGACGCAGAUCCAGUAGUAACAGAUCGCCAAACCAUCGACAUUGCCGCUGAAAUGGGACACACAAGGGUGGUUGAAGUCCUUCUGAGAUGGAGCCGGUCCAGGGACGUUCCGUUGGAUAAGAACUCUGCUCUUGAAACGGCAGCAAGGGAAUGGCAACCCGAGACGACAUGGGCCCUGUUGAAUGACGGAAUCGAAAAUAACGAUGCAGUGAAUGGUGCUUUGCUCUCAGCCGUGAACCCGAAUGCUUGGGGACUGAACUCCGUCCUUCCGUUCUACCUUCGAUUCGAUUCCGCAUAUCGUGAACGACAGAGUGCGGUAAUGAAAAUGCUACUCGAUGCCGGAGCAGAUCCCAAUAACCAGCGCCGCUUCAUGGCUGGGGCAACAAUGGCGUCCACAACUGGAACUGCGGUUGGUAGUGACGGACAAUGGUCGCACCCAAGCACUACUCCACUUCACGCCGCAUCUUCUGCAGCUGGUUCAGCAGAUAUUAUUGAAUUGUUAGUGGAAAAUGGGGCAAACGUGGAUUUGGAGGAUGAUUUUGGCCAGACCGCUUUGUAUUAUGGCACGUUAAGCAACGACAUCGCGGUCGUCAGAACUUUACUGGAGUGGGGUGCCGACGUUCCUGGCGAGACGCCACUCCACGCGGCAGCGCAUAGCGAAUUUGAAGCAAACAUCACAAUUAUGGAGAAGCUCCUCGAUCUCGGAGCCGACAUCAACGCACAGAAAGUAAACGGUUGGACCCCGCUGAUGCACGCGGUUGAUAGCAACGUGGAAAUCAAGUGUCAAUACCUGCUCGCACGCGGCGCCGACGCCGAGUUAACCACAGCGGACAAAGAGACAGCACUCCAGAGAGCAAUUUUCCACGGCAGAAAUGCAUCCGUCGUAGGUGCCCUCGUCGACUAUGGUGCCAAAACCGUUACGGCGGAUCAAUCAACGGCGUUGCACUGGGCAGUCGAAUCACCGAACCAAAGCGCCGUAGUACGAUGCCUCUUGGAUCAUGGCCUAAGUCCAAAUGUUAGGGACGGAUUUGGAGCUACACCCUUGAUCAAUAUGAUGAAAAUGCGCGGGCUCCAUGCUGAAUGGGAGAUCAAAGAGGAAGUUAUCAGGCUGCUUGUCGACCGGGGAGCGGAUGUGAACGCGGUUGAUUAUCUGGGUCUAACAGUAAAGGAUUGGGCAGAAAGUGUCGGAUAUAGCGGAUUCUGCUGGGAUUUGGUUUGGCAGCCCAUGAAUGGCAUGUUCAGUCCAGAUUGGCUUGGGUUGGGGCCAGAGUUCGAUUGA